AUGUGGAAUGAAAAGCCGAGUUUCACGUUUGAGAUUGACAACUUCUGGGAGAAGGAAGGUGGCAUACCUUCUCACGUAUUCGUGGCUGACGGAUGCGAAUGGUUUCUUAAUAUUUGGCCCAAGGGACAUCGUCUUAUUGGUGAUCACUUGGCUGCGUACCUCUACGUUGCAAAUCAACAAUCACUAGGCACAGGAUGGAAAAGGACAGCUAGUUACUACUUUACUUUGAAUCAAUCCGACAAAGAGCUCUGCAGAUCAUCUGUUAUAGAAAGCAAAGUGUUUGACGCUGAGUCUCUAUCAUUGGGCUUCGGAAAGUUAUUUCCUCGUAGCAAGCUUAAGGAGAAAUUCUUUAUGGGAAAGGACAGUGUCAUCAUUGAAGUCUACAUUAAUGUGAUUGAAGCUGUGGAUGGAGAAAGCGAAGAUGUGACAGAGAAAGAGACUGUGGAUAUCAACGGUUUUCAGGUUUCUGCUUCUCAGAUUGCUUUAGUGAGGAAAAUAUUCGCAGAGCAGCCAGACAUUGCAUUAGGUUUCAAACCAAAGAACCAAGUGGUGAGGACAGCAUACAUGAAUGUCCUUCUUGACCUCAUCAAUACACUAAACAAGCCUUCAAAGAGUCACUCAGAGACUGAGCUAAUCAUCUCUCAGGGAGAGUUGCGUGAGCUGGAAGAAGUGGGUUUCGAGAUUGACUGGUUGAAGUUAAAGUUUGAUAAUGUAUUCUUGGAGAGGAAGAAAGAUGAUGAUUAUGGUUCAAGGGUCCAACAACUUGAAGAACGUGUGAAGAAUCUUGAGCAGAUGGAAGAGAAGGUGGAAUCUUUGAAAAGAAAGGUUGAUGAGGUUCUUUUGGUGAGGGAGAAAGCAAAAGCUGUUGAGCCUUGGCUCAAAAAACUUGAUGAAUACGUCAAGAACUUUGUGUUUACCGCUGAGAAGCCAGCAUGGGGCAUCGAAAAAACAUUUCCUCUUAGCCAGCUUGAGGAGAAGUGCUUUAUAGAGAAGAACAGUCUCAUCAUUGAAGUAUACAUUAAUGUUGCUUCAGUUAGGAAGAUAUUCGCAGAGCAGCCAGACAUUGCAUUAGGUUUCAAACCAAAGAACCAAGUGGUGAAGACAGCGUACAUGAAUGUCCUUCUUGGUGUCAUCAAUAGACUAAACAAGCCUUUACAGAGCCACUCAGAGUCUGAGCUAAUCACCACUCACGGCGAGUUGAGUGAGCUGGAAGAAGUGGGUUUCAAGAUUGACUGGUUGAAGUCAAAGCUUGAGAAUAUUUUCUUGGAAAGGAAGAAAGAUGGUUCUGAUGGUUCCAGGGUCCAACAACUUGAGGAACGUGUGAAGAAGCUUGAGCAGAAGAAAAUCAAGAUGGCCUCUUUGAAGAGAAAGGUUGAUGAGGUUCUUUUGGAGAGGAAGAAAGCAAAAGCUGAUGAGCCUCGUGUCGAAAAUCUUGAGGAACGCGUCAAGAACCUUGAGGUGAUGGAGUCAAGCUUCAAGAUGGACUGUUUGAAGUCGAAGCUUGAGAAUGUUUCCUUGGACAAGAAGAAAGCCGAUGAUGCUGAUGGGUCUAGAGUCCAACAACUUGAGGAGAGCGUCAAGAAUCUUGAGACGAUGGUGUCCGAUCUCAAAGCAAAACUGGACGAGGGGAAGGCUAAGUCUUCUUCCGAUGAAUUUUUGUUGGUCUAA